CUGCGGGCCUCUGACCUUCAGAAGCAGUCGAAACCAUGGUCGUGUUGAGCGUGCUUCGACAGUCCGCUUCAAGAAACAUUCGCAGUUUUGGUGCCACUGGCUCUGUGCUGAAGCCAGUGGCAAAAAAUAAUGUGGUGCAGCUUGCUUUGUCACGUGGCAUGGCAGAGGUACGGAAAAUGGUGCCAAAACCUUCAAGAUUUGAGUGGGAUGUAUUCAAAGACGAAUUUCAUUUGUAUUUCAUGAUUGGUGUUUUACCCCUGGCUGCCAUCAUCUUCUAUGCAAAUGUAUUUAUAGGCCAGGCUGAGCUGGCUGAUAUACCAGAAGGGUAUGAACCAGAACACUGGGAAUAUCACAAGCAUCCGAUAAAGCGUUGGUUUGCCCGAUACGUUUACGACAAACCAGAGAAGGACUAUGAGAGGUACAUGCAUGCUCUGUAUGUCGCCAACGAGACUCGCAAAAACAGAUUACUGGAAUGGAAGGUGAAGGACCUGAUGGGAAGGCGACAGGAUUAUAGGGGCUGGUACUGGGUUCCCAUUGAUGCUAGCAGAGUAGAGACGGCAUCAAAAAACAAAGAGUUGUACAAAGAUACUGUUGGUACAAAUUAACAAUAGUGCUGUUAGCGAUUUUGAAAACAGAGUUGUUUGUAUCUUUACAUGUUUUACGAAGAAUGAAUGCGUGCCUCCAGGUUGCCAUCCGUAAUUAGAAUUGCAGUAUCACAAUUUGUAUAUAGGUCAGAGUCUCUGAGGUCGCAAUGUUAUAUCAAUUCUUCUCUCUGCUAUACAUCAUAACAGUAUCUGAAAUAUGUUGAAGCACUGAUAUGCUUUUAUCAUGUUUUAUCAUGAUAUAACAGAUCACCAAAAGAUAGGCAACCGCGUUACACUGAAAUGUUUGUGUUUAAAUAUUCAGACUAUGUCUCAGUGCAUUGCGUUGUCAUGACUGACAAAUCUCGUAAAAAUGUGGCAAGUCCAUUUUGGAGGUAAAUGCCUAAAGGCAAGUGUUAAAGUAACAGAAAUUCGGAGGCUAACGCAAAUUUGUUGAAGGGAGUUGAAGGAAACGAAAAUUCUCCUUCAUUGAUAGCUAUCGAUCAGCUAAAUUUUUCUGUUACAGGAAACAGAAUGAGUGUGCUUUAAAUAUAUAAAUAUAUAUGUAUGCUGCAGCUGUGAGCGUGAAUGUAAAUAAAUUUUUUUUUUUCACUUAAGAACUGUUGGAACAUGUUUGGACGUCCACAGACAAUAUUACUUUGAUGUUCUUGAUCGUAUCAUUAAUGCAAUUCAAGACAGGUUUGAUCAGCCGGGUUUCCGACAAUAUAGAAAUUUUCAGGAUCUGCUUCUGAAUGCCUAUAUUGAUAAAGAGUACAGUCAGCAACUAGAAGCCGUGGCAGCAUUCUACACAUCAGGUUUUGAUAAAGAGAGACUAAGUACUCAGAUACAGUAUUUUGUAAAGUUUGCCGAGCAGAAGACUCGCCUGUUGAUUUGAAGUUUCUGAAUUCCCUUUUGUUCUUGUAUGUC